AUGCCUUCCUCGUUCUUUAUUGUCGGCACGGCGGUCAUCCUCCUGGCAGGCAUCUUCAUCCACAACUACAGCAACAGAUCCAAAGUCCCGCCCAAUGCGAGACUGCCUCCUGGCCCAGACGGCAAGCCGUUCGUGGGCAACCUGUUAGACAUCCCGCCGAAACAUUCGUGGUUGAAGUUCAAGGAAUGGGCCGAUCAAUACGGCCCCAUCUACCGGAUCAACAUCUUCGGCCGCAAUUUGGUCAUGGUGUCAACGGAGAAGGUCGCCAAUGACCUGCUGCGGGAGCGCGGGAACAUCUACUCGUCCCGCGAACAACUGCCCAUGGCUGUGAAGCUGAUGUCGCGGGACCUGAGGCCCCUGUUUCUUCCUUACGGAGACUUGUGGCGACGUGGGCGUAAAGUGAUGCACAACAUGACGAUGCAUGCCUCGGCGACCUCGUACCAGCCGGUCCAGACGUACGAGUCGGAGCGGCUGCUGCACGACUUGAUCGCAACACCGGCGAAAUACGAGGUCCUAUUCGAACGCUACGCCGCCGCGGUGGUCAUGCGGCUGUGCUAUGGCAAGACCGUCGAGACAGGCGACGAGCAGUACAUGCGCGACAUCCUUAAGAUCGUACACAACGUUGAGCGCGUAGCCUCUCCCGGCGCUUACCUCGUCGACACCUUCCCGGUCCUUAUGUAUGUGCCUACGUGGCUGGCGCCGUUUAAGCAGGAAGCGGCGCGGCUGCACGAGUUUGAAAUCAAGACCUUUAAGGGCUUACUACUCGAAGUCCGGGACCAGAUGCAGGCCGGCAAGGCGCCGAAGUGCUUCUCGAGGUCCUUCCUCGAGAAGCAGGCCGACUAUAACCUUUCGGACAACGAAGGGGCCUAUGUCAUCGGGACGCUGUUCGAGGCCGGCGCGGGUACCACCGCCGCCGCUAUGAUGUCCUUUGUGCUGUGCAUGUGCCAUCAUCCUAAGUGGCAGCAGAAGAUCCACGACGAAGUCGACCGCGUCGUCGGCGACAGCCGUAUGCCGGAAUAUAGUGACAUCCCCUCCUUACCGACCUGCCGGGCCGUGAUCAAGGAGGUGAUGCGAUGGCGGCCCGUAACCGCCGGCGGCGUCCCGCACGAGCUGGUUAAGGACGACAUCUAUAACAGCUUCUUCUUCCCCGCCGGCACGAAUAUCCAUCCGAACCAGUGGGCCAUCCACCGCGACCCAGAACUAUAUCCUGACCCCGAAAUGUUCAACCCCGACCGCUGGCUCUCACCUAAGUUCCCGACCUACCGCGAGCCGCUGGAUAAGUUCCCUAACUUACAGAACUACUCGUGCUUCGGGUUCGGGCGACGCAUCUGCCCGGGCAUGAACAUUGCGGAGAACUCGCUGCACCUACUGACCGCGCGGAUUGCAUGGGCGGCGCACAUUUCCAAGAAGCCCGGCGUCGAGGUCCCACUGUACGAUUAUACUGCUGGAUUCAACGUGCAACCUCGGCCGUUUGUGUUUGAUCUGAAGCCGCGCAGCGAGGCAAGGAAGGCAUUGAUUGACAGGACGUGGGAGGCUGGGAAGACCAGGGACCCGCUCGACGAAGUGAAGACGUUGUAG